GCUUGGACGUGUUAAUUGAUCACGUAGAUGCAAACCCGACCGUCUGAUUGUGCUGCUUGGUGAUUCGAGUGUAGGCAGCUAUGACCUACCUAGGUUGCUGUCCGCCUUCGGUUUUUGCAUUUCGCUUGUUACGGUCAGUCUGCAGCUAUCUCGAGUAGCAGUCCCUCCUUCUCUCGAUCCUCUCUCGAUUGCGAACCGCGAUUGAACACGGCCAACAAACUACGGAAUACUCAAUCCAUACACUCGCUAGGUACCUUGUUGGUUUUAUCUGAUGCAAAUAACAACAACAUCAGACAUGGAUCCCACACCUCCAACGUCGGGCAUCAUUGCCCCGUUCCAGCAGGAGGCACCGUCGGAUGGCCCCUAUGGCGAACUGAAAGCCGAGAUCGAGGCCUCGCUCGCCGAAGCUAAAAAGCAUGUUGAGGAAGAGCAGUUCUCCCAGGCUCUUCGUACAAUUCUCGGGGCCGUGAACAAGUGCCCUUGCGAGCCAGCUGGAGAGGGCAAGUUGCGCCAUGCGAAAGACAAGGCGUGUCACAUCGCCCAGUGCAUGCUAGCUGUGAACAGCGGCGAUCCCUUCGCACUUUAUCAAGUGGCCAACACCCCUUGUACUUGCGGGUACCGUUGGCUGUCUUGCACCCGCCCUCUCCACGCCGUGGCUCUUGAUGCUCUCGCCGACUGUCUCGAUAAGGCCGGGCAGUACAUUGCCGCUUUUGCCACCGCGCUGGCCACCAUCCGCCUAGACCCUGCUUCGGCCGUGGGAUACUGCCGUGGUGCCAGAAUCAUCCGGUACCUUCUCAGGUGUACACCUCUCCCUCCCAAUUCCGCCAAGGGUCGCGCCGUCGCCGUCGUUCUUAACGAGGCCAGCGGGGCUGUCGGUGCGCCCUCUGCCGUCCUUCUCCGGGGCACACUCGGCCGCUUCGUCCAGAGCGGCCUGCGCAUCACGGACCGCUAUCGUCGCGGCCCAAAGGACACUUACAAUGUUGUCUUGCAGCGCAUGGCCUACCACCUUAAGUGCGACACCGCCUUGAGGGAUCCGGUCAAGGAAUUUCCCCGGGAAGUGCUCGGGAUGGUCUUCUCCCACCUCAGCACCGCCGAUCUCCUCAAAUGCCUCCGCGUCAAUAAGCAGUGGAACCUGCUUGCCAUCCAAGACGACAGUUGGAAUGACUUGAGGCUCACACGACCGGGUAGCCCACGCCACCACUUUGCCAACUUUUUGCAACAACAUCAGGGGAUAAAAAGCCUUGUUAUUAGUGAUGCCAGUGAUUUCCAUCUGAAGAUGGGACACAGGUUUUCUCAGAUCGUGUUCGGUCUGCCUCAAUUGGACCGGCUGUGCAUCGGCUUUGAAUACUCCCCCUCUCGCCCGCUGACGGUUGAUUUGGGCGGUUCGAAAAGAACCACUCCACGGACCAAAACCCGCCUCACCCAGCUCUCGUUGGAAUCUUUUGACUUGGAGAAGCCCGUGGCCCAGCUUAUUACCCUCAACGUGGACACCCUCACGGCCCUGAAUCUCGUCAAUACUGGGCCCGGUGUGAGCGCCCUUUUUGAGCCAUUUUGCCUCCCGAAUCUGAAGAAACUGCGGAUUACCGGGGGGUCGAGCCCGGCUUUUCACCCCCUUGCCGCUUUCCUCCAAAUGGCACCCGUUGUGAUCGCUACGCCCAAUCUCGAGCAACUUUACUUGGACGGGUUUCUGGCUGGGUGGCUUCGAUCCGCACCUCCUAGCCCCGACUGGGGCCGGUUGUGGCCGUCCCUCCGAAACGUCACCCUGGGUCCCGGUAUGCGAUGCUUCAGGGACCUGAGAUUCAGGUCUUGGAACCCGCGCUUUCUCCCUCCCUUCCCCGCCUCUCUGCAGUCGCUCGAGCUCCUCGGUACCAUUCCCGACGUCGCUUACAGCGCCCUAUUUACCACCACCUCACCCGCCCCAGCCGCGGACCCCACGGCUCUACUGAACGGCGACCUAAUCGACCACCACCUGCCCAACCUCGAGAUAUUCCGUUGCCUAUCCGGCGCCCUCGAGCCCCGCCACCUGGAGCGCCUUCUCAAACCCUCAGUAACCGCCAACAAGCUCAAGGUCCUCGAGCUAACCUCCCCACCCGUCCGCGCCCCGCCUCCCGGCCCAGACGGCAUCCAACAACAACCACCCACCCAGUUCCUACCAGCGCGGGACCUAGCCUUCCUCGACCGCUGCGCCCUGCACACGCUCGGCCUGCACGACUUCAACUUCUUCCACGACCCGACCAGCCGCUUCGGCGCCACCGCCGCCUUCGACGGCGACCCCUUCGUCGCCUGGCUCGACGCCUUCCCCGACCUCCACACCCUGGGCCUCUACCCGGGCAACUGGGAGGGCGUGGCCGGUUUCAUCACGGCGCUGAUCGCCCGCCCGGGCAUCAAGGCUAUCCACCAGCGCUACUUGAGCGGUGUGACGUGGGAUCAGGCGCGGCAGUUGGCGCGGGAGCGUGGGGUGGAGUUGUUUCAUACCCAGGGGCAUUUGCCGGCGGGGUGGAAGGUUUUUGAGGAUUUGGAGGGGUGGGUGUGAGGGGUGGUGUUGAGAGGGAGGGGGUUUAGGGAUGGUG